AUGACUGUGUUGCGCGGCUUUGUGCGUGGCUGCCGACGGCUGGCGGCGACGCUCGUUGCGCCACCGCUCUGUCCGAUUUGUCUCGACAAUGUGCCUGUGCUGGAGCUGCGCGACGUGGCGAGUGAAGACGAAGAGGCUGCGCACGUGAAGUUGCACUGCCGCCAUCGCUUUUGUGCGGUGUGCGUGCGGAGGUACAUUGAGGUGAAGAUCCAGGCGCGAGAAGUCGACGAAGACCAUCUCGUGUGUCCCGUGGUGACCUGUAAGCAGAAGAUCAGCGAGGACGACCUCCUGCGCAGUGUCGGGCAGACAGGAAGGACUCGGUAUCGAGCGGUGUUGCAGCGGCAGCGAGACGAGAAGAACCCGAGCGCGCGGUGGUGUCCUCGACCAGGUUGUGACGAGCUCAUUGUUUGCGAAACGUCGGACGACUUUACCUGUCCGAAAUGCGCGACCGUCGGCUGCUUUCGUUGCCGUGGCCAUGCACAUUGGUUCUGGUGCUGUCGCGGCGAAGAAGACAAGUCGUAUCUGGCGUGGGAAGCGUCGGUCGGGAAGCAAAGGGCCGUGCGAGCGUGUCCCCACUGCCAAAUGCGGAUCUGGAAGAACGAAGGCUGCAACCACAUGACGUGCACGCGGUGUCGGUUCGAGUACUGCUGGGUCUGCGACAGCACGUGGGACGCCAGUCACUAUGCCUGCUACGACCUGCCGUUUGUGAGCGCCUCGACCGUCUGGGGUCGUCGAUUGCAGCGCACGUUGGGGUAUGCUGCCAUCGUACUGAUCGUGGCCAUUAUCUCGGCGUUCGGCUUUUAUACCUUCGUGGCCAGCUACGUUGUGUUCUGCGCCAUGGUGCACGCUACCCGUCUGGCUCGGCGCAAUUUGGACCACGACGCUGCCAUUGCCAGCUGA